CCAAUACCUCGGCCCCGGUCCCGCACCAGUCAGCGGGGAACAACACAGUUUUUUUUAUGUGACAGAAGAAAGCAGUAACUACUCCGGCAGAAGUACGGGAAAACGGCUUUGUAUGAAGAAGCGUAACUUUACGCACAGGCAGCAGACAGUGGAUCAAACUGAACCCACAGACGUAGUAGUCUACAACCCACACAGAACCCAGUGGGGUUCUGAAGAAUAAGAAAAUGAAUCGGAGUUUAAGUAAAUCGCAGUCUUCUUUGCAGUAUCGUGCGACAGUGGAAGUGAAAAGCAAAUAUGGAGCAGAGUUCAGAAGGUUUUCUCUUAACCGUUCCAACCCCGGGGAGUUCCAAGAUUUCUACAAGCUCAUCCUGCGCCUGCACCGUCUAACCAGCAGUGACGUCAUCAUUGGCUAUGCAGAUAUCCAGGGAGAGCUACUACCCAUCAAUAACGAUGGCAACUUCUGCAAGGCCGUGUCCACUGCUCCUACCUUACUGCGGAUCUUCAUACAGAGACAAGAGGAAGUAGACGACAAUACCUUCUGCCCCAAUGCCACUGUGACGCGCCGGAGGAAGGUGCCAGCGAUCCCCCUGCCACGCGGCGACGUGAACCGCAAAAGGCCCACGGUCCUCAUCAGCAGGCCGCAGGACUUCCGUCCCAUCUCGUCCAUCAUUGACACAGAUUUCCUGCCCGCAUCUCAGCGCCGGGUGCGCCUUUACCGCCAGGGCUCAGAGAGGCCCCUGGGGUUCUAUAUCCGGGAUGGGACCACUGUGAGGGUGACUCCCCACGGCCUGGAGAAGGUACCUGGGAUCUUCAUCUCACGGCUGGUCCCUGGAGGCCUGGCUGAGAGCACAGGGCUGCUGGCCAUUAACGACCAGGUGCUUGAGGUGAAUGGGAUUGAGGUGAUGGGCAAGGUGUUAGACCAGGUCACAGACAUGAUGAUCGCAAACAGUCACAAUCUUAUCAUCACGGUGAAGCCGGUGAACCAGCGUAAUAACAUAGUGCGUACCGGCAGCUGGAUGUCGGGGAUAAACUCAGGCAGUGUCAGCUCUUUAGACUACCAGAGUUACCACAGCACGCCCAUCUGUCAGAGUUACCACAGCAUGCCCAUCUGUGUGGGAGCCUACAGUUUCACUGAUGACGAGCUGCAGAGCGACGAGGACUUGGACAUUGUGAUUGAGAGAAGACUCAGAAACUCAUCCCGUCGCUCCAGUGCCUCCACCUCCACAGCCUCCCGUUCCCAGGCUUGGUCCCAGCCCCAGCAGAGUCCUAGGCCUUCUCCUAGGCCAUCCACCCGACGCCCUCCCCGUCGACCUUACUCUGUCAUCUCCUCAACCUCCUAUCACUCACAGCCCAGCCUCACUAACCUGAACCUCAGACUGAACCGAGACCUGACCCUGCAGCAGCACUACGGCAGCAGCCCAGCCAUCAGGGAGAUGAAUGGAGGUGUGUUUAACCACAGCAGCCUGCUCACCCUGAGGACAGAGCUACGACGCAGCCUGGUGCUACAGAGGGGAGGGGUGGAGGAGGACGGAAUGGUCAUCACCUUGUGAUUCUACAGUCAGAUUCUAGAACACUACAAACCACAGGGAGGGGAGGACGGCACAUAAAAAUGGCCAGAAUUAAGUGAAUGGUAUGGUAUAAAACACGUGUUUGAUUAAACCACAUGUUUGAUGUAUUUGAUACCAUUCCACUCAUUCUGCUCCAGCCAUUACAACUAGCCUGUCCUCCCUAAUUAAGGUCCAACCGACCUCCUGUGCUACAAACACUGCCAGCCUUUGUUAUAACUUUUCAAUGCUUGAGACGGAGGAGACGUUUCUUAUUGGCUGGGUCCCAAAUGGCACCCCAUUUCCUAUAUAGCGCACUGCUUUGACCUGGACCCUGGUCACAAGUAGUGCACUAUAAAGGGAAUAGGGUGUUGAUGAUACAUUGUGAAUUCAGGGAUCUGACCUUUUGAACCCACUUAAAUGUUGUCCCUCUCAGCGUCAGUCUCUCAGCACAUUUGAAACCACAAAGCGGAGCUCCUAAGUAUUUAAUAUGGAAAUAGUCAUGAAACACCAUUAUGUAUUAUUAGUAAAUCCAGUUCUGGCACUUGUUGUUAUACUGUGACUGUGCAUGUCCUUUACAUGUACUGCUGAUGCAUUGUGUAGAGAGAAUGUAUUAUCAAAGCUACAGCACUGUUGUGGUUUUAUUAUAUCUCACAAGUGGCACAGCGGUCUAAGUCACUGCAUCUCAGCGCUAGAGGCGUCACUACAGGCCCUGGUUCGAUUCCAGACUGUAUCACAACCGGCCGUGAUUGGGAGUCCCAUAGGGCGGCGCACAAUUGGCCCGUCAUUGUAAAUAAGAAUUUGUUCUUAACUGACUUGCCUAGUUAAAUAAAGGUUAAAUAAAUAUGUCUAAUGCCAUAUAUGAGGAAUAAAUCCUUAACUAUCCCCUUAACAAAAUAUCAAGCCAUUACGUGUGUCCCAAAUGUCAUUAUGAACUGUGUCAUUAUGAACUGUGACAUUAUGAAUUGUGUCAUUAUGAACUGUGUCAUUAUGAACUGUGUCAUUAUGAACUGUGACAUUAUGAAUUGUGUCAUUAUGAACUGUGUCAUUAUGAACUGUGUCAUUAUGAACUGUGUCAUUAUGAACUGUGUCAUUAUGAAUUGUGUCAUUAUGAACUGUGUCAUUAUGAACUGUGUGAGCCACUGGCAUUUGUAUCUGUGAGUUUUCAUCCCUUCUGUCCACAGACUUUGAUUAAAGAGCAUGUGGGCUAAAUAUCAA